AUGUCUCAGCAUACCAUAAUCCCAAUUGAUAAUAAUUGGACCUUCAAACAAGCAGACAAUGAAGACUCUAAAUUCCUGUCUGUCGCACAAUUUCCCACGAAUGUUCAUUUAGAUCUCAUUGCCAAUGGCAUCAUACAAGACCCUUUCAUGGGCAAAAAUGAGAACGACGUACAAUGGAUUGGUGAAUCUGUCUGGGUAUACAAGACAACAUUUUCAUCGCCUGCCAUACUAUCAGACAAUAAAGCUAGCGUCAAAGCAGUCCUGGCAUUUGAUGGAUUAGAUACAUAUGCCACCGUUCUGUUAAAUGGAAAGGAGAUCCUGAAGACGGACAAUAUGUUCAUACCGGAAAGGAUUGACGUUACUUCUUACCUGAAAAAUGAGGGAGAGAAUGAGCUGGAAAUCACAUUUGAGAGCGCAUAUCUCAAAGGUUGUGCCAUAGUGGAGAAAUACCCGGAUCAUCAUUGGGGUUGUUGGAAUGGGGAUACUUCCAGACUUGCUGUUCGAAAAGCACAAUAUCACUGGGGAUGGGAUUGGGGCCCAACACUCAUGACUUGCGGACCCUGGCGACCAAUAAACCUUGAGCUUUUCACCUCCCGCAUCUCAGAUGUCUACUUCACAAGCAACGUGGAUAAAUCCCUGAAAAUCGCAGAACUCGUCGCAAAGGCGGAUGUUCAAGGCGAGAGCUCGCAAGUCAAGUUCGACAUCACUCUGAACGGUGACCUCAUUGCAACUCAAACGGUCAAAGCUGUGGAAGGCCAUGCUACCCAUGCCUUUAAAAUAGAGAACCCAGCACUCUGGUUCCCGAUCAGAUAUGGCAAACAGCCGUUGUAUGAUCUUACCGCAACUCUACUUCACAACGAUACAAGUAUCUCAACACAGACCAAAAGAUUUGGCUUGCGCCGAGCAGAGCUAGUGCAAGAUUCUUUGACGGGCCAACCAGGAACUUCAUUUUUCUUCAGGAUCAACAACAUUCCUAUCUUUUGUGGCGGUAGCGACUGGAUUCCUGCUGAUAACUUCAUUCCUCGGAUUAGCAAAGAGAAGUAUUACGACUGGGUUAAGUUGGUGGCAGACGGAAAUCAGUUCAUGAUCCGAGUCUGGGGUGGUGGAAUAUUUGAGGAGCAAGCAUUUUAUGAUGCCUGUGAUGAAUUAGGUAUUUUGGUAUGGCAGGAUUUCAUGUUUGGGUGCGGAAACUACCCUGCUUUCCCAGAGUUUCUUACUUCUGUGAAGAAGGAAGCUGAGGAGAAUGUCAAACUUCUUCGACACCAUCCUUCCAUCGUUAUCUGGGCUGGUAACAAUGAGGAUUACCAAUACCAAGAAUCGGAAGGUCUCACAUACGAUUUUGAAAAUAAAGACAGCGAGAGCUGGUUAAAGACCAACUUUCCAGCAAGAUACAUAUAUGAGAAAAUCUUGGUAGAUGCUUGUGCUGAACUAAUUCCAGAUACAUACUAUCACUAUGGUAGUCCUUGGGGUGGAAAGAAAACUACAGAUCCUACCGUCGGUGAUUUGCAUCAAUGGAAUGUUUGGCACGGUUCUCAGGAGAAAUACCAAAAUUUCGACAAGCUCGUUGGACGAUUCGUCUCGGAAUUCGGCAUGGAAGCAUUUCCCAAUAUCAAAACUAUAGAGGCAUUUCUCCCGCUAGGCAAAGAUGAUCCCGAUCGUUUUGCGCAGUCCUCUACCGUCGAUUUCCACAACAAAGCCGAGGGACAUGAACGUCGUAUAGCUCUCUAUUUGGUUGAAAACUUCCGCUACGCCCCCGAUCCUCUCGAACAAUUCAUCUAUUCCACACAACUUAUGCAAGCUGAGUGCUUAGCUAGUGCCUAUCGGUUAUGGAAACGCCAAUGGAAAGGUCCAGGAAAAGAAUACUGUGGAGGUGCCCUAGUCUGGCAGAUCAACGAUUGCUGGCCUGUAACAUCAUGGGCAAUCGUCGACUACUAUCUCCGACCAAAACACGCCUACUACACCGUCAAGCGUGAAAUGGCCCCCAUAUCCCUCGGUAUCACACGCAAAGAACAUGUCGUCCCAAAAGACAAAUACACGCGCGCACAUCUCACCAAAACCACGCAAAUCGAAAUCUGGGGUUCAAACCUAGGUCUCGAAGAUAUCACCGCCGACGUAGUAGUCAAAGCCUUCGACGUGAUAACCGGCCAAGAGACAUACUCCAAAACCAUAGCAUCUGCACUCCUCCUCCCGGAAAACCGCUCCACCGAAAUCAUCGCCAUGGACGUGCCCGUACAAAAACCAAACGCAGACCAAGAAUCCCGCACCGUCGUCGCAGCCUACCUCAUCCAAGCUGGUGUCCAAAUCGCCCGCUACAUCAACUGGCCCGAACCUCUCAAAUACGUUCACUUACAAAAACCCCAGAACCUCCGCGCCACCCUAUCGAAAGAUGGAAAGACGGUGGAAAUCAGCAGCGAGGUACCAAUCAAGGGUCUAGCUCUCGAGUGCGAUGAUGAAAAUGUAAGGUUUGAGGAUAAUUUGGUGGAUAUUGUUCCUGGAGAGGUGGUUAAAGUGGCUGUGGGUGGUGCGAGCGAGGGGACGAAGAUUGAGGUUCGGUAUUUGGGUAUGCUUUAG